AUGUCGAUGCUACCUACUAUCGCGAAUGCCCUUGCAGAGUUCGUCUACGAUAAAGACAUCAGGUUUACCUCGUUCACUGCGCCAGAUGGGGCUCCCUGUUUUGGCUGCCUCACGACCAUCCAUCGCGACGCGCGUCUGCUCUGUGUCAUCGAAGACUCGGUGAAGGAGAUUUGUCUCUGCUGUCAGAACUCUAAGAAGAAAUGCGGCUCUAUUCCUCGCGAAAUCCUCGGCGCUGCCCAGUUCUACUGGAAUCACAUCUCUCGGCCGCAGGCCCUCGCCGCCAACCCCGACGAUCUGCACGGCAAAGAAGUCUGGCGCAUUUGCAAUUUUGACGUUGCCGAAACCAUUCAGACACAAGAAGCUGCGGCGACCCGAGAGCUACUCUCCCUGCAACUCCUUAAAUCUGCUGGUGUCAAUUUCUCUCCUGAGGAAAUGCGGGCUCGUGUUGCGGCCGCGACACCAUUGUACGCUCGCGAUGACUCCAUGGCUGUUCGUCUGCGCAAGGCACUCCGUCGCCUUCCCAACGCCGACAAAACACCCUAUGGAUCUGAUGAUGGAGAACUUGAGGACUUGCCCCAUGAACUCGAAAAUUCUCUCAUCGCCUAG